AUGAGCGAUGGUCAUAAAGAUUUGACUUUAGAAGCCAGUCGUAUCAAACACGUGAAAACUAUUAUACCGAUAUUAUCAUACAAGUAUAAUGAUGGAGGGCUUAUUACUGAGCUGGACUUCUCAACAAUUCUAAGAACAGUAUACAAAUCCGAUGCAUCUGGGCUUAUAAUUCAUGGACUUGCAAGUGACAUCAAUACCCGUGAUAAAUGCUACAAGCUUCUAAAUUACGUUGAGUAUACACUUGGACCGAUAGUAGCUAAAUUCACAAAAGUUCAUACAAAUGAAAUACAAGAGCGUAGUAUAACCGAUAGAGCUUAUAAUGAAUAUUCAACAACUGAAAAGUCCGGGGAAUUUACUAAAACUAAGGGCAACGAUUAUGAAUAUUCUACAAGUGAAACAACGGGAGAAUUUACUCAAACGACUGGCGAAGUUUAUGAAUAUUCAACUGUGUCGAACCGAGAAUUAACUGAAACUACCGGCAACGAUUAUGAAUAUUUAACACCUGAAACAACCGGAGAAUUUACUAAAUCUACGGGCAAUGAUUAUGAACAUUCCACAAGUGAAACAACGGGAGAAUAUCCUCAAACGACUGGCGACGUUUAUGAAUAUUCAACACCUGAAACGAUCAGAGAAUUUACUAAAUCUACGGGCAAUGAUUAUGGACAUUCCACAAGUGAAACAACGGGAGAAUAUCCUCAAACGACUGGCGACGUUUAUGAAUAUUCAACACCUGAAACGACCGGAGAAUUUACUAAAUCUACGGGCAAUAAUUGUGAACAUUCUACAAGUGAAACAACGGGAGAAUAUCCUCAAACAACUGGCGACGUUUAUGAAUAUUCAACACCAGAAACGACCGGAGAAUUUACUAGAUCUACGGGCAACGAUUAUGAACAUUCCACAAGUGAAACAACGGGAGAAUUUACUCAAACCACUGGUGACAUUUAUGAAUAUUAAACUGUAACGAACCGAGACUUUACUAAAAUUACGAGCAACAAUUAUGAAUAUUCGACACCUGAAACGACUGGAUACACUGAAUCUACGGGCAACGAUUACAAAUAUUCCACAAGUGAAACAUCGGGAGAAUUUUCUAACACGAUUGGUUAUAAUGUAAGGUAAUGGUUCGGGAGAAAUGAAACCACUCGAUGUUUAAGUAAGACCGCCUUUUUUUCAAUUUUCGUCAUUCUAUAGAUCUAGUAAAAUUAACCGAAACCAUAGUAUAAUAAUGUACUCCGCCUGGUAUUCUCUUCCAACGAUGGCCUAAGAGUACGUCACGAUAUUACAUAUAAUAUGUACCUACUAGUGACAGCUCACCAUUUCAUCGCUAUUGUUGUGUCGCUCACAUGUAUAGCAAGCGUACCUACAUAGAUGAACACUAGAUUCGCUGUCAGCGUAUGUAAAUGGGAUAGCGAUAGUCUGUGACGUGUGUUAUAUUUUCAUAUUUUUCUUCCACGGCAUUAAUUGUUUGUUGGGAGCCGAUAAAUCGAACAACAAAAGAAAAAAAUCGCAUACGCGAAAGGUUGUAUAUACUGUAGUGUGUCUCGCUUACCCUCAAUGCCAAUUUUAUUUAUGUGUCUCUGUCACAUUAUUAUUGUUAUUUUAGUAACGCAUCUAUUGUUCAUCUUCUAUCUACGAUAGCAAGUCUUUUGCGUUGUAUUUCUUGACCCAGCUGUCAAAGAUCAGAGUAGUAGAAGUUUGAUAAACUUUAAAGUUCCAACACGAUCUGUGCGUAUUCCAUGUUUAUUUUCGAUCAAUUCCUCAAAUAAUAAUGUAUCGCAUAAAAACCCGAUUAUGAGAAUUUGUAGAGAAUUUAACGAAGUGUGUGCUGAUUUUGAUAUAUUCUUAACAAAUAAAGACUUUUUUAAAAAUACUCUUUAUUAAACUUUCUAGUUUACGUAAAAUAAUUUAAUGUUUAACUUAAAUAUCGUUAUAAUGUAGUUAUUGUUGUGUCCACUUAUUAAUUUUAUUACUGUAUGUGGUGAAUGAUGUGUACAAUUUUAAUUGGAUCUCAGGAUCAUAAAAAUAUUCUGUACUUGUUAAUAGAUGGUAGUUUUAUCUUGUUAUCUGUUAUUGUACCUACUUGUAAAUAAAUAAAUAAAUACCAAGCGAAGUAUAUUAUUAUUCGAUUACCGAAACGACCGGCGACAAUUAUGACAAUUUCAAUCAAGGACAGGAGAAAUUAUUGAAACAAUUAGCAUGAACACGAACGAAUAUAAAACUAUUUUAUAAUUGAUCAUUAUACUUCACCGACCGAAA